AGCAGCUGCUUUUGACAAAGGAAACACUCAGAUGUGGACACAAGAGAUUCAGUGCAGAGGAAAUGAGUCUCAGAUUCACCUCUGUCCAACAUCACAAUCACAUGAAAACAACUGUUCUCAUGACAAUGAUGUUGGACUGGUGUGUGCAGAAAUAAUACAUGUGCGGCUGGUUAAUGGAAACAGUCCCUGCAGUGGGACAGUGGAGAUUCUUCAUAGAGGUCAGUGGGGAACAGUGUGUGAUGAUGGUUGGGAUUUGGCUGAUGCUGCAGUGGUGUGUAGAGAGCUGGACUGCGGAGAACCUGUAGAUGCUCUGAGUGAUGCUCAGGUUGGACUCGAAUCAGGACCGAUCUGGAUGAAUAAUGCAGUGUGUACUGGAUCUGAGUCCACACUGAAAAAGUGUGGAUCUGUCAUAUGGGGUUUUCAAGGUGUGUGUCAGAGCAAGAGUGCAGGACUCAUCUGCUCAGGCAUCAGGCUGGUUGGUGAUUCUCGCUGCUCUGGGAGGUUGGAGAUACUUCAUGAUCAGACGUGGAUGUCAGUGUGCGACACUGCCUUUGACCAGCAGGAUGCAGAGGUUGUGUGUAGAGAGCUGGACUGUGGGGCUCCUGUACAGGUGCUGGGAGCAGCUGCUUUUGGCAAAGGAGACGCUCAGAUGCGGACACAAGAGAUUCAGUGCAGAGGAAAUGAGUCACAGAUUCAUCUCUGUCCAACAUCACCGCCACACAAAUACAACUGUUCACAUGAUAAUAAUGUUGGAUUGGUGUGUGCAGACAGUGUGAAUGUGAGGUUGGUUGGUGGUCACAGUCGCUGUGCUGGUAGAGUGGAGGUUCUUCAUAGAGGUCAGUGGGGAACAGUGUGUGACGCUGCUUGGGAUAUGACUGAAGCUGCAGUGGUGUGUAGAGAGCUGCACUGUGGAGAACCUGUAGAUGCUGUGGGUGAUGCUUAUUUUGGACCAGGAUCAGGACCAAUCUGGACAAAUCAUAUGAUAUGUACUGGAUCAGAGACUACACUGAAGAACUGUGGAUCAUUUCUGUUGUAUGAUUAUGACUGUAAUCAUGAUACAGAUGCUGGGGUCAUCUGCUCAGGAGUCAGACUGGUUGGAGGUUCUCGCUGCUCUGGGAGGUUAGAGAUACUUCAUGAUCAGACAUGGAAGUAA